AUGUUCUUCCAUCCGACAGGAAAAAAUUUUCCAUCCGACAGGAAAAAAUUUUCCUUCCGACAGAAAAAGUUCUUCCUUCCGACAGGACACAAACGGAUGACCGACGUCCCACCAACCGAGUCCAUUCCCAAGCCAGAGGAACCUAAAGCACCAGCCCCUGCACCUCAGUUCCAGCAAUUCCAAUCUCAAUCCAAAUUACUACCAAUUUCCACCUCAAGGUUACUACCAAUUUCCACUACAAGGCUUCCCGAACUACCCUCCUCCUCAGCCUAUGCCUUACUUCCCCAACCCUUGGAUGUUCCAGCAAUUCCAAUUCCAAUACAAAUCGAAGAGAGACCAAGAGUUCGAAGAAGGUCUGAACCGCUUACGCAAAGAGUAUGCUACAGCUCCAAUUGA